AAGAGAGGGAGUGGCAUUGAUUAGUGAGCUAGCGAAUUGAAGUGCAAAACAAAGCUUUAUUCUCCUAGGGGUUAUUAAAUUACGGUGAAAGAAAUAAAAAAACAAUUUUAUUAACCAUAAAGAUGGAAACAAAAGGAAGACGCCCCCCAUCUCCAGGUCAACAAUCUGCUAGUUAUCAGCCACCACCAGUGACCAUUCAACCACAAAGUGCUGGUCCACAAGUAGCAGCUUUCGGUCCGAAACCGGCACAGACCAGAUGUCCCUCAUGUCACGCCGAGAUUGUCACCAAAAUUGUGAACAAGGCAAAUACCAAAACCCACGCUAUAGCACUCCUCAUGUGCUGUUGUGUAUGUUGCCUGUGCGCCUGGCUGCCAUACGUCUUGGACACGUGCCAAAGUCAGCAGCACUUUUGCCCAGAGUGCGGCACUUACUUGGGCACGCAUUCCAAUUGAUCCCGAUUGGAACUAAAGCCUCAAUUAGGUUGCUACCUGUCCAGUAUUACAAAAUAAAGCGUUGUGCGAUUUUUUCAGUUUCGUAUAUGUAUGUUAACUAAUGGGGUGGCGUAAGUGUUUCAACCCCGAAUAAAACUCUUCCCAAAA